UAUAUGAAGUACCCGGUGACCUGUCAAAAAAAGAGCCGGUAACCAUUUUGUAAAACAUCCGACAUUAUUCACUUUGCCUUUUAGCAAGCGAGAAGAACAAAACGUGUAAUUAUUAUAUCUCAGGUGUGGGGUUGUAUCCACAGCCAUCCAAAGAAAGAAAAUAAGAAAAUGAGAUCAAGUAAGGGCAACAAAGCCGCAGUAACAAAUAUUACUGCCCGAAUCGGUGCUSCCGACGCUACCGCUGCCCUAACUGCUGCCACCACUGCUACUCAAACUGGUGCUUCCGAAGCCACCGCCGCCAUAGCCGCUGCCACCACCGCUGCUCAAACUAGCGCUCCCGACGCCACCGUUGCUGUAACUGCUGCCACCACCGCUGAAAAAACGUCCGCUGCUCGCAUUGAUGAAUCCGGGGCCAUCGCCGCCAAAACUGCUGUCGCUACCGCCGAAACGAAUACCAUAAGGCCCGAUAUUUGUCCUGCUCCUGCGUCAGCCGCAGCAGAGAUCGAACCACUAUCUGAAAGUGUCACAUUAUUAGGCCUAGAAGCAGAGCGACUAGAAGAACAACUCCGAAUCCUAAAACUACGCCGCGAAAUAGCUGAGCUUGGGAAAAAAAAUUAUCACGAACCAUCGAAAAAUUAUAUAAAUACCGAUGAGCUCKAAKCCGCUGUGCCUAAAUUCAGUGGAGACGACCACCGUGACGUCAAUAAGUGGCUCGUCCAGUUUGAGGAUUAUACCGAAGCGAACAACCUCGGUGAGMGACAGAAGUGCCUGGCUUUACGGCGGUGUAUGACUGGAACAGCUAAAGAGUGUACCCUUAAUCACGGCCUCGCCAAUUAUGACAGUUUAARAUCUUUGCUACAAACUAUGUUCCAGCGCACCGCCACCAGGCAAGAAAUUUACAGACAGUUGCGUGCCCGGYGAUUGAAACCGUCCGAAACAUGUAUCGCUUAUGUGGUGGCCAUGCAGUCCAUCGCUUCCAGAAUUAGCAUAGAAGAAGAAGAACUCGUGGACAUCAUCAUCGACGGUAUUCCCGACAGCAGCAACAACAUUUCUAUCUUAUAUGGUGCUAACUCCAUUAAGGAGUUGGUKARGSGCAUGGAUCGCUACGAGCAGCGGCGAGCGACGCAUCCACYACCUAGGUCCCCCGCCCAAUUUGCCAUGCUUGCCGGGGCCCCGRAGUCUACUACUCCUACCGCCGAAGAAUCAACGCGAAUUCGCUGCUAUAAUUGCUCCCAAUUUGGACACUACCAGAGCAGCUGCCCAAAACCAACUAGACCGCCAGGAUCAUGCUUUACCUGCCUUCAAAUGGGGCACCAACAUAGCAACUGCCCUAGGAAGAAAAAUCGACCAGUUCAAGUAGCCGCUGUGCUGGAAGGAGAUGCUGAUGAUGAUGACCAUGUAGAAUUUAAACAAUGGAUAAAAUGCCGAAAACAACCAGCAUUUGGCGAAAGUGUAUUGUUGGCUGCAACGAGGGAUUAAGAACCUUUAGUUUUCCAAACAGUGGAACGGACCU